GCUUGUUGGGAACAUCGUGACUUCCUAGUUCCUACCGUUCUCGGCUUAACGUUGCUUUGAACUGUUUAACUUUCAAUAGCUAAUCAUAACAAUUACUGAACGUGUUAUAUUGUUGCUUUGAGGCUGUUUGAGCAAGGUAUCAUAGAUACCGUUUCAGAUACACACUGAACGAAGGGGUGUGUAUUUUGUGGGUUUUACCGAACGCAUCUAGACCUUGGUAUAACAGGCGUGCGCAAGGUUUUCGGUUUCUCGUUAGCUCUUUACUGACUAGGUUUUUUAACUUUUGACGUGUUUGUUGGAUCCUUGAAGCGCAGUGGUGUCUUGACUGUAAAUCUCCACAGUAACCGUAUCGCGAUCGCCGUGAUGAAGCCCAUGAACGUUCACAUCAGCUUCCCGGGUCCUCCUAGCCGUUCGCUUAUCAUCAAGAUCAACACACCCAAUCUGUACCAGACAUGCCGCCGCGAGGUGCAGAAGUUGUUGGGAAACGACAGCUUCCGAUUGCUCUUUCACACGACAUACGAACAGAAAGAACAUGUCAUCGACUGCAAGUCGGACGAGGAUAUCCACAAGCUGAUGAGCUUCUGUGAUCGGGCGUUCUUUCCGUUGACGAUUAAGCCAGGUGACGGUGACGCCGCGGACGUCAGCAGUGAGAGUGAGGAUGACGAUCGUGACCGCGAGCAGCAGGAUGUGGCAGCGCAGACACUGGGAGUGGUUCAUGCGUGCGGUGCGAAUGUCGUUAUCGUCGGUGGGAUGACAGUUUCAGUGCCACCUCAGUUGACAAGCACGGUGAACCAGAUAUGGAACGCCAUCAAUCUGAUGUUGCCCAAGGGCAGCGAGGACGAUGUCCUGCGUGCCCUCAUGGAACAGAUUGCCGAGCGUCUGCAUGUCAAUCUAGACCUGGAUCUCAGCGGACCCCAGUGCUCCGGCAGCUCCUCAUCCGAUGAAAUCCCGCUGCCGCACCGUCUGUUGGUGGGGAAUCGCACAGAAGUCAACGGAUAUUACGAUCAUGAUCAGAGUCCACCGCGCAAUCGCAUUUCCGACACGCUGGGUGCUGUGGGUGUGCAGCCGCGGAUUCGCCUGCUGGACAGUGUUCCCAAACCACGCGCUGCUGUUCAGACGAAUCACUGGCGACAGCCUUUCCGUCGUGAACCGUCGGAGGACAGUGACUACGUUCCGGGCCGUCCGCAUCGCUUCACGGCGCCAAAACAGCGCAAACGCAUGCAGGUGAACCAUCGUCAGUCGGCGGCGCGCGGCAUCACCUUGGCCGUACCCAGCCAGUUGCAUCGCGCCCCACCCAUCCGUCGCCGCAGUGUCAAGCAGGAGGGCAAUCUCAACGAGCCCAUCCAGCUGCGGGAUGCCGAAAACCGUAUUUCCGGGUAUCAGUGCCCUCGGUGUCCGCAGAGUAAGAAGCUGCGGAAGGAUGUGGUGACGCAUAUUCCCGGGCAUGGCGCGAUGGGCAAGUUUAGCUGCAAUGAAUGCGAUUUUGCCACGGAUUCCAAACAGAUUUUCAACUGGCACUUCAAGGCCCAUUUGAAACUGUCGCAGGAACCCACACCAGAGCGUCAGUGGAACGGGCGUCCAUCGCUGCCCACAAAUCGAGCCGCUGCGCGCAAUUUAUCUGCUGCAGACGACAUAUUUUCCAAUCCGGGCAGUCCCGCUCCAGCCGCCGCCGCCGCUUCCACGGGUUUGGCCUGCGUGAUCUCCAGUUGUCAUUUCCGUGGCACUGACUGCAAAGCCAUCGCGGAGCAUAUGAGUCGUGAGCACCACUUUUACAGUGACCGGACGGCAGUGCCGAAGAGAAUCCCACUCAAGUCCACACGCCACCUGCUGGGACGCGCCCGCACGACCCUGGGCCCGGAAGGCCUCCAGACCCAAGAGUUCCAGUGCCCCGAAUGCCCGGAGGCGUUCGCGUUCAAGACCCACUUGGUGUUGCACCGUCGCCACCGCCACCCGCAGCCCAACCGCCGGGGCGGACGGCGACCGGCGGCCCACCGGGUAGACGUGGACGCAGCCGUGGCCCCGGCGCCCACGGUGGGCAUCGUUAAGAAGGUUGUUAAGCGUAAAUUGCCAAAGGCUUCAUCGCGUCGUAAACGCCGUGCGGCCGCCCGCAAAGCCGUGCAGACACGUAGUGCGAAAACCACGCCGAAGCGCGCCGGGGCGGAGGGGGGUGAGGUCCCGGAGGAGGGCGUAGAGGAGGCCGAGGAUACGACCCCGUCGGGACCGUGGCAGCGCGCGUCGGUCAUUGUCUCCAUGCCGGAAUAUGUGGAGAACCAGGUGUCGGCAGCGUCGUCCACAUCCAGCCUACCGAAUGGGAACCCUGUGACGGUGCAGCAAGGGACGCCGAAGAACCGCGGGGGCCGUAAGCGCAAGAUCCCGGCAGAAGUGGAGGGCGAUUUCCCGCCGCCGUUAGAUAUGGCUGCGUUGGAGCAGAAUGGAAAUGGAUGGGCGGGUCAUGAGCGAACGUCAGUGGCGCCGGUUGACGUAGAAUACGAAUCGGCGCCUGGCUUCGAGGUUCCCGUUACCGUUUAAGCCGUUUAAACUCAUACCGGAAACGACGACUCAAGUCCGUGGAUGUUUUGUUAACACUUUAAGGAAGCCACCUUCCUCGUUGUACAGUAUUGGUUUGUUUCCUUGUUUUCUCACUCUGCGUUUUUCUGCCCUAGCUAAUGCAGUUCUUCGUUCUGGCAUGAAUUCCGUUUCCCUUUAUUUUGUUGUUUUGAUUUCUCGUCUCCAAAUUAACUCAGGCUGCCGAUAUGUAUGCUGAUUGCCCCCUCAUCAGCGCUUUGGCAGGGAUUCUCACAGCUUUAACUUAUUAUUUAUUCUUCGCUGGUGGGAAAUAGUUCUUCCUGUUUAUGAUUACUUAGCGUUUACAAUGGUUUCCUGUUUUGAGAGCUUGAAGAAAGGGAAUGAAUGUGUAAGUUUACUUUCGGGUCUCUGUUUUAUGCACCGCUGCAGUCUGCACUAAUGUACUUAUUUUUAUAUGCCUCGUAUUAUCCCAGUAAACUCACUAUUGCAA